CGUAGUGCAAAUUUUCUUUAACCCCACCAUCCACUCCGUAGUCGAAAGUGGACAAAUGAUUCCUUCUUGUGCGACUUGUCACAAACUUUGUUCAACCCUCUUACGACCUCUUAAAACCCCUGGAAACUUCCAGACCUCACGUCUUCAGUCUUCCAGAAACUUCCACACACUCAACCCUACUACUCUCAUCAGGCCCAUUUCCGUCAUUUCAGUUACUCUUCAGUCUAUCGCCUGCGUUUCAACCAUGGCUAGCGGUGGAGAAAACGGAGUUACGUUUCAGUUGACUCCGUCGAAUUUGUUGAAGAUUCAGAAAGGUGAUAUUACUCAGUGGUCCGUUGACGGAUCAUCUGAUGCUAUUGUCAAUCCUGCCAAUGAGCGAAUGCUGGGUGGUGGUGGUGCUGAUGGAGCCAUUCAUCGAGCUGCUGGUCCAGAAUUACGAGCUGCAUGCUAUAAAGCACCAGAGGUGCGUCCUGGAGUUCGGUGCCCAACAGGAGAAGCAAGGAUUACCCCAGGUUUCCAAUUGCCAGCUUCUCAUGUAAUCCACACUGUUGGACCCAUAUAUGAUGCUGUCCCAAAUCCUAAAGCCUUUUUGACAAAUUCAUAUAGAAAUAGCCUGCGCGUGGCAAAAGAGAACAACAUUCAGUAUAUUGCUUUUCCUGCCAUAUCAUGUGGGGUUUUCGGAUAUCCUUACGAUGAAGCUGCCACUGUCGCUAUAUCUACUGUCAAAGAAUUUGGCAGUGACCUCAAAGAGGUACACUUUGUGCUGUUUUCAGAUGAAAUUUAUGAUGCAUGGGUGAAGGCAGCGAAUGAACAGUUGCAGAACUGAUCAGAUGUUUCUCGAGUCUUUGGAAAAUGAAGUUUGUGGUGAUGGAUGUUGGUGAAUCAUGACAUGAUUAGAUAUUUAAAUGUCAAGAAGAGGAGUCUGCUGAAUAUGAAUUAUGUAGUUUGUACUUUACUACUCAUCCUUGUGUAGCAGAAUAACGCCAUCAUAUGGUUUAUGCUCUUAGCUGAAGUUAGUAUUAGCUAGCAACCGUUGUAUGAAACUAUUUGCUAGACUUGUUAGGAGAGGGACAAAACGUGAAGUAUUGUCAAUGUGAUGAUUGUGAACAUACCUUUUCUC